CAACCGCUGACAAAAUUCAAUUUACAAUUUAUUUUUAUUUUCCCACAUUACUACUAUUUUGUCUGUUUCCCCCGCUCUCGUGCUCUCGCCGCCGAUUCCGUAACGGUCGCCGGCCGCAUUACGCCGACAAACACGUUCCUCUCGCCGAGGUUUCGAGAAUCUGCUCCCCCGAAGUUUACCUGAAGUACUCCGAUUCGAUUGCGUUCUCCUUCACUUUCCGAUAGCUUUUAUUUUUCACACAGGAGGUAUCGAAGUAGAAACCGAUUCCUCUCAUUACAGAUUAUUAUUCAUCGGUAGCGAUCGAUCUGAGAGCUCGUCUUUAAUCCGUGGCAGAUAAAAGUGAGCACAAUGAUUGGAUCGUUUCUAACAAGAGGACUUGUAAUGGUGUUUGGAUAUGCGUAUCCUGCUUACGAAUGCUACAAAGCGGUUGAGAAGAACAAGCCUGAGAUUCAACAGCUUCGUUUCUGGUGCCAAUACUGGUUUGUCAUUCAUUGCCUUUGUCAUCGGUCAUUUCUUGUGUUUUUUUCUUCUGUAAAAGUCUUUAUCUUCCUUUUUUUGAAAACUCCUUGCAGGAUUCUGGUGGCUGCUCUGACGGUUUUUGAAAGAGUUGGUGAUACUUUCGCUUCAUGGGUUCCGCUGUACAGCGAGGCAAAGCUGGCGUUUUUCAUAUAUCUUUGGUUCCCUAAGACCAGAGGAACUACGUAUGUUUAUGAUUCUUUCUUUAGACCCUAUGUUGCAAAGCACGAGAAUGAAAUCGACCGCAACUUGGUUGAGCUAAGGACCAGAGCUGGAGACAUGGCGGUGAUAUACUGCCGGAAAGCAGUGUGCUAUGGACAGACAAGAGUCACUGAUAUCCUCCAGUUUGUAGCUCUACAAUCAACACCAAAACCUAAACCUAAGGAAAAGAAGCAGACUCCACCGGAAGCAGAGGAGCAGAAACAACCUGAUGAUCUUAAGGCGGCGAGCCAAGCAGCUUCUAGUAGUCUUCAAGCGCGUCCACAGAUCAAGAAACCACAGCUUCUAACCAAAGAACCUAUACCGGCAAAGCCUAUUAUAUCUCCUCGUAAGCAGCUGCAAGCAGAAACCAAGGAAGCUAAACCCAGCGCGUCACUCCCUCCUCUUACUCCACCAUCAUCACCUUCAACCGCCACUAAACCAAACGCUGAUCCAGCUCAGCCAUCAUCAACUGCAGAGGCAGAGAAAGCGUCGGAGACUGUUGCUGCGUUACCAGCGUCUGCGAUUAAGCGAGCGUCAUCUUCGAAAGAGACAAUCAGGGAGACAAUAAGGGUCACACGUGGGAGUCUGAGAAAAGCUCGCUCAACGGGGACACGCUAAAGGAGGAAAAAGUGCCUAUUUCAAUAUGAACUUUACGCGUCGUGCCUAUUCCUUCACGAACUUUGUAGUAGUGCGUAUUCCACACUGAACUAAACAAAUUUUUUAAAAUACUAUAUGAACUUUAUGCGUCGUGUCUA